CCCAACUAGUCCAGAACCAGCACGCACGUCCGUCCAGCUCUAACUCUACAGGCAGGCAUGUCGUCGUCGUCACGUCGCCGGAACAAUUCCUCCCUCCUGGAGUCCUCCACCAUCAUCACGGCCAACCUCAUCAUGGCCUCCUCCUCCUACCUCCUCUCCAAGAUCACCCCGCGUCCUGCACCGCCACUGCCACCGCCACCAGUGCCGCCUGCGGCGGCCCCGACGUGGCGGCCUCCGGCGGCGGUGCACACGCGCUCCGUCGAGCCCACGAUCGUUACCAGAACGGUGUUCGUGGCGCCGGUCGAUGGGGAGGACGGCAAGGUGGAUGAACGCGCCGGCAAGUACAUCAGGAGGUUCAGAGAAAGGACUCUGUCCGACAUAGCGCGCAUGGAAGCGGAGGCGGCUGCAGCAGUGGUCGCCGCGCGGCCGCCGCCGCCGCCGGCGCUCGGUGCCGGCAACUUCGCUGGAACAACUGCCUACGGAUACUAUCGUUAAAAGACUCUGCAUGCAUGUAAACACUACUGUACAAGUGGCGACGGGACUAAACGCGCGCAUAUUUGUGGUGGAUGGUAUGAUAUGUAAAUGUGAAUUUCAAUAAUUCUGUCAGGUGUUGAUAUGUGUAGUUUCGGGUGUUGCCGUGGAGGGGAACUGAAGCUAAAUAUUACUUUUUCCAUUUCACAGUGUAUUUGUAGCUUUGUUUAGAUUCCUAUGGAUGCUAAUGA